ACAACUCCCUUGUGCCUAUUUAUAGCUGCCCAAGAUAGUGGCGUCCGGCCAUUCUUAUCUCUUGAGUCAAUAUCAACCUUGCCUGUGUCAAGAAGCAUCUUAACAAUUCCCUCAUGCCCACCCUCAGCUGCUAAAGAUAGUGGCGUCUGGCCAUUCUUAUCUCUUGAGUCAAUAUCAACCUUGCCUGUGUCAAGAAGCAUCUUAACAACUCCCUUGUACCCAUCCUCAGCUGCUAAAGAUAGUGGCGUC